AUGAGUUCAUGUGGAUCUGGACCUGUGCUGCAGACACAUUUAUCAAGAAAUGCUGGAACUAAUAAUGAUCUUAAUGUUUCAGAAGUGAGGGGACUUUUAAACUACAAGCUGUCCUGCUGUGUAAAUGCUUUGCUUCAGUCCUUUUCUGCCACCACUGAACUACUGGACAUACUGAACAAAUGGCAUCCAUCAAAUGGGACUGAUAAGAGUAAUGUCCCACUGCAGUUGAAGAAUAUCCUGGAAGCCAUGAGGAACAAAUCAUAUCCUGCUCCAUACAAAGACUUCCUCAACUGCCUCUACCGCCAAGCCAUUCAACGAUGGACUGAGCAGGAUGCAGAUGAAAUAUUCCACAUCAUCCUCAGUCUCACUCAGAAGCAGAUAGCUGAUGCUGUUCUGGCACAGGAAAUCAGCAGUCUCUAUGAAAUAAAGUUGGAGACCCAGGUGGGGUGUUUAAAUUGCAAAUUCAUCCAACGAAUGCCCAACUCUCUUUUUAGCCUUCCUUUGGCGAUCUGUGAAAGGGAAAACUCCUUGGAAAACUGCAUCAACUCUUUUUUCCAGCUACAAAAACUGGCGGACAGUGAGAAGGUUUACUGUGAGAAGUGUGAAAAAAAGCAGCCAUCCACUUAUGAGUUGAAACUUGUCUCAUUGCCUCCGAUUCUGUGUGUCCACUUGAAAAGAUUCAGAAACGAUGAUGGCUUCCCAAGGAAACUCUACAACAAAGUCACCUUCCCUGAAACGUUUAGAACUGCCAUUUUUGCUGCAGGACAAUCAGAAGCUGAAUGUCUCAGUUCUGAUGAGCAUUACAGUCUCUAUGCAGUAGUUGUGCAUAAGGGAACUACCGUGUCUGGUCACUACACUGCUUUCAUCAGUCCAAAUCAGGAAAAGAUGUGGUAUUAUGCUGAUGACAACUGCGUGCGACCAUCCACAUGGACAGAUGUGCAGGGCACAUAUGGAGGGUACCGUCAGCGCUAUGGAGAGACAGCCUACCUGCUUCUGUAUAGGAAGAAUAGCUGAAUUCAUCUGGAAAACUGUUGGGAACAUGCACGGAAGCACUUGAUGAACACUAUAUGAAUGAAUGCAGAGAAUAUUCCAAGAAUAGGAUUAAAGUCUAUUUAUAUUUUAAGUAUGAAGAGGGGUGUUUAAGAAUGUAAGUCAGUAUAUUUUCAUGUUGACUGGGGUUAUAAAGGACAGUAUUUUGUAUAGGAGUAUGCUGCCAGAGCAUAUUUUGUGGAUUUU